GCUAAUUUCAGUGUCACUUUCUCCCUCAAUCCGCGGUCGUAACGUCUAGCACUCAGCUCUCUAAAGAUUUUCAGGCAUUUUUUCUACGUUUGGCAGCAUCCAGCGCCUGACCAUGACACAGACGGUUCUUUCUGAGAACCCUCAAGCGACAGUGGAUAUCCCUGUUGCCCCUGAUGCCGAGACACCAGCCAAGGAUAAGUCUAUCUCGCGAGGGAAUGAGAAGCUGGUUCAUCUGAUCCCGCUCAUUUUAAUGCUCAGUAUGGCCGCACUCUGGGUAUGCCACAAGGACGUAGAUAUGGCCACGACCUCGAACGUCCACGGAAUCUAUAAUUUCUCGGCAAAGUCUACUUCACUUUCGGAAAGGAGGCUUCUCGACGUCAAGGACGCCGCACACAAGGGAGCCAUGCCGUCAGCUGAUGUGCGAAAAGCACAUGACAACGGCUCGCCAUUUCGGAGCAGAAUACUCCGGGCGAUCUUUUCCCCAAAAGAUGCUGAGAAUACAUCGAACCCGAAGUCCUCCGCCAAGACGUUUUCGUUUCCCUCUACAUAGAAGUUUCAGCUGAAGACGCACUGCUGAAUAUUUACUGCUAACGGCAUGACUUGUGCCAUUCUGGCGUCGAGACACGAAAUGUACGCGCAUUGCUAACUAAUUGCUACCACCCGUCAAUUCCAUUUUACUUGAGCUAUGUUACGAUGCCUGUGUGCACAAAAUGGCUCAAACAUGAAGCCCGACCGGCAGGUUGCGACUCCUU